AUGCGGGUACCACCUUCCCCGAUAAGUUUAUCAUCGUUUCCCAAACAAAACGCACAAAUUAAUCAGCUUGCUGGUGAAACUAGAGGAAAAAACCUUCAAAAGCAGGGUUACCCAGACCGGCGCGCCGUCACUUCUCUUCCACGCUUCCCUCCCAGCUGGAGGGCACGGCUGCCAGCGCUUACUUUCCUGUGGUACCGCGAGACGAAAAACGUCUACCUCGGUAGUUUCCUUCCUAGUUUUUCGUCCCCUAUUCUGCAAGCAAGAAGGAAAAUGUGGAACAACAGUCCGCCUCCAACGCAGAAAAAAAGAAAUUCAGUUACGGGGCUGCCAGGCGCGCUUCGAAGAGGUCAUCGCGCGUCGAUUGGGCUCCAUCGAGAUGACGACUCUCAACAAGAUGAUCCCUCCAACCCCAUGGCGGUGCUGCGCGUAAAGCCGAAAGACCAACUUCAGCUGUCGCCGGAGGAGCUUCGCAAGCGCAUGCCGCCUCGGAUUCUGUAUCCGCAGAAUCCGCGGGCGCCGAAAAACCUGGCACUCUAUUCCUUCAAAGAAAAGCUUUUCAAACGAGACGAACAAAUUGAGCAGACAGUUUUCCACCUCGCAGUCGACGGCGCGCUUCUCCACGUCGAGAGCCAAGAGGCGAUCGACCAGGAGGAAGCGUGGCGCAUGCGAGAAGAAGAAGCCGCGAAGCGAAAGCGGAGCGAGAGCGUCGAGAUCAGCAUCGAGGACGAUCUCCAGCAGAACAACGAAGACGAAGGAAGAGUGCUGCGCAAUCAAUUCAACUACGGUGACCGUGCAUCCCAGACGGAAACAAAAACUAUUCGCGAAAGGGGCGCUGCCACGCGCCCGCCCCCUACAGUACCAUUCGCUGGAACAGUUAAUCAGUGGAUGAUGCACGAUGCCUACGUCGAGGAACUGAACGCUCAGAGCCGGUCCGAAGCGGAUCACAAGACCGCGUGGCGGCAGCCUGAGGAGAGAGAAGAAAAAAUAAAGAGAGUAAUUCAAACUCAGGACACGGACGUGCUGAGCUCAAUGAAGUGGGUUGCAAAGCUGACCGAGCGCGUGGUGAACCACAAUAGCGAGAUUGAGACCUACCAGAAUUUCCGAAACUUCCGGGAGCCCGCAGGCAACACCAGCGAGGCAGGCGCCUUCCUUCAGCUCUGGCAAUUCCACUUCUCAAAAGUGAAGAAGAAGGACGUCACCAGUCUCAAGUGGAACCCCCGGUAUCCGGACCUGUUUGCGGCGGGAUAUGGUAGCUACGAGUUUCAGAAGCAAGGCGUCGGCUUCGUGUGCUGCUACACCCUCAAGAACACGGGUUACCCUGAAUACUUUUGGAAAACCGAAUCCGCAGUUUGCAGCUUGGACUGGAAUCAGCACAACCCGUCGCUGCUCGCUGUGGGGUUGUAUGACGGCACUGUGCUGGUGCUGAACGUCCACGCCAAAGACAGGAAGCCGACGCACGCCAGCACCGUGAAAGUGAACAAACACACAGAUCCUGUGUGGGACGUCCGCUGGGAUCAAGACAACUCGAGCAGCACGAUGCGGUUCUACUCCGUCUCGGGGGACGGGCGAGUGACCAGUUGGUCGCUCAUGAAGAACAAACUCGAGUCUGAAGAGGUCACUUUGCUGAAGCUGGACUACAGCCAACUGACGCAGGCGAAGGACUCGGCGGACGCGACGGCGCUCAUUGGCAUCGCUGGAGGCACGUGCUUCGACUUCCAUCCUACGCAGCAGCACAUCUUCAUCGUGGGAACCACUGAGGGAAGAAUUUUCAAGUGCUCAAAAAACUACAGCGGACAGUAUCUGCAGACCUACUGGGGUCACGACAUGUCUGUCACGAGGCUCGAGUGGAAUCCGUUUCAUCCUCGAAUUUUCAUCUCCAGCUCGUCUGACUGGACUGUGAAGAUCUGGGACGAUUCGAUGAGCGCCCCGGUGCUGAGCUUCGAUUUCGAGUUGGCCGUGAACGACGCCCGAUGGGCUCCCUACAGCGCGACCAUGUUCGUUGCCGCCACAGCAGAUGGCAUGGUUCACCUGUACGACCUAGACGUCAAUCGCCGCAAACGCACCGGCUCCUUCAAGGUCUCUGGCGGGGUGUGUUUGAGCCGCGUGUGCUUCAACCCCACAAACACAAUCCUGCUUGCUGCAGAAGAGGGCGGCCGAAUCACGACUUUGAAGCUGUGCACGCAGGAAGCCCCCCUGGAUCUCGCCGACGGCAAGACUGAAGCGCAGGCGAGGAUGGAGAAAAUGAACAACGUCCUAACCGUCGUGUCUGACCUUUUUCAACCGCCGAGCCCGACCGGUCAGCAGCUCCCGCAUGCCCUCCGGCGCGUCUGCGACGAACACAGCUGCCCGCUUCCCCCCUCUUCAGCCUCUUUUUCAACGCCUUGA